GUAACGUUACGCUUAUCACAUCCAUGCGAAAUUGAUGUCAUCUUGCGAAAGCGGAUUUGCAUGCAUGUUUACAAGAAGGCAAGCCUCACUGGACGGCUUCUGAAAAAAUUCGUCGGUUCUGAUUCGAUUAUCGGCACAUCCGUUUAUUACGAUGUCGUAGCACAUAUCCCAAAGUCAUCAAUGGAUGUGGAAGAUCGAACAUCGUUAGCUCGAAUGGCCGCACAACAGUCACUGAGCAGCGACGAUGACUCUUCCAGUUCCAGUGGAACGGAUGAUAGGUGGACUAAUUUUUGA